UUGUGGCUCAAGUCUGCACUGUUUUUUUGAGGAGCCUCUACGCCCUUCCGAAGGCCACAACAGUAAUGAAAGCUUGCAAGAGCAUGGUGAAGCCAUUCUUGCACUGGCCCGCGGGGCCCUGGAAGCACGGCAGCUCCCGCGUGCACAGGCCGGCGGCGGUGAUCCGCGGGACGCCCUGCGGCACGCCGUCGCCCUCGGGGUCGCCCGGCAGCGCCAGGGACGCGCCGCGGCGGCUCCACGGAGCCCGGCUGCCGGGGAAGAGCCCCUGCGCCGCGGCGCUGCCCAAGACGCCCACGCUGCCGGGCGGCGUGCCCGCGUCGCCGCUGCCGGCGCUGAAGCUGCAGGUGCUGCGUGCGGGCUCGCGCGGAGGCUCGCCAUCAGCCAGCACGAGAGCUUCCACUUCGGGCGCCUCGUCGCCUCGUAGCGUGGCGAUGUCGCGCAACUCGUCGCGCGUGCCCUCCACGAUCGGAGCAGACGAGAGCAGCUGCGCUUCCGCUAGCAGCACCUACCAGCCACAGGCUCAGCAGGACGGCUGCUCGAACGCCGUGUUGUAUUUCUCCGACAGCGGGCGCCGCUGCGGGCUGCGCCGGCCGAUGCCGCCGCCGAUCUGCACGGAGAUCGUACCACGGACGAAGCCGAGCUCGCAGGACCCGCUGCGCCGUCUGGUGGCCCGCGGGGGCUUCGCCGACAGCCAGCCGCGGUGCGGGAAGCUGCGGCCGAUGCCCGUGAGCCUGGACAGCUGCUGACCGCAGGGCGCAGGUUGCGCGACGACGAGGAUUCGAACUGCGGCCUGAUCACCAAUCUGUCAGGAGAGGCUUGCUUUCAUUCGGUUACAGGAGGGUGAGUAGGUCCGAUCUGCCAUCCGAGAGCUAGUAUUUGCACGUGGCGCCCCUUAACAAGGGGCGCUGGUCGUGCAGUGCCGUUGUCUUUGGCUCGUUGUUUAUCCCAACCCUCCCUCUGGUUGGGUUCUCGUUUUGAAUCGAGCAUUGUGGUUUCCAUGUUCCUCCUUCCUCCUCGUCCUCAUCCUCCUC